GCAUGCACAGCGGCGCCCGGCGCCCACCUGACCGCGGCUCGGGCGCCCCAAGAUGGCCGCGCCCAUGCGGGGCUAGGCCCUUGCGGGGACCUAGGCCCGGUUCCCCUUCCCCUAGGGCCGUGCCGGGCCGUGCUGUGCCGUGCCGUGCUGCUGCUCCGCGUCGCCACCCGCACAUGGAGCCGCGGGAGUCGUGGGCGGCCCUGGCGGCUGGUGGAGUUGCUGGUGUCUGUGUCGACUUGAUCCUUUUUCCUCUGGACACUGUCAAAACCAGACUGCAAAGUCCCCAAGGAUUUUGGAAGGCUGGUGGCUUUCGUGGCAUCUAUGCUGGUGUUCCCUCCACUGCUAUAGGAUCCUUUCCAAAUGCUGCUGCGUUUUUUAUCACCUAUGAGAAUGUGAAAUCUGUGCUGCCCCACGGCUCUGCAUCAUACUUGACUCCAGUAACACACAUGGUGGCUGCCUCCUCUGGGGAAGUGGUUGCGUGCCUCAUAAGGGUUCCAUCUGAAGUUGUCAAGCAAAGGGCCCAAGUUUCACCUUCUGCAAGCACCUUUCGGAUUCUUUCCCACACCUUGUACCAUGAGGGUAUUCAAGGACUUUAUCGGGGUUAUAAAAGCACAGUAUUAAGAGAGAUUCCUUUCUCUCUGGUACAAUUUCCCCUCUGGGAGGCCUUAAAGGAUCUCUGGUCAUGGAAGCAGGGUCACGUGGUGGAUUCUUGGCAGUCAGCAGUCUGUGGAGCUUUUGCAGGUGGAUUCGCAGCUGCCGUCACCACGCCUCUCGAUGUAGCGAAGACAAGAAUUAUGUUGGCGAAGGCUGGUUCCGCCACGGCUCGCGGAAAUGUUCUGGCCGCCCUCGGAGGCAUCUGGAGGACACAAGGACUGUCGGGCUUGUUUGCAGGUGUUGUCCCGCGGAUGGCAGCCAUCAGCCUGGGAGGGUUCAUCUUCCUGGGGACCUACGAGAAGACGCGCGAACUGCUGCUCUGACCCAGCUCCUGCCUCUGUCCUGCGUAGAGCCGGAGAAGCUGCUGCCCUGGAGGAGGAGUCCGGCCGUGAGCGCAGCCUUCCUCUCCUGCCACCUCCUCGCUGCGCCCGCAGCAGCUGCUGAGCAGCCCGAGCGCCACUUUCACUGUUAGAGAAAAGUAAAUCCUCAAAUAAUCCGAUUUCCCAAACAUGAAAUUUUCCUGCACGGAAAGUGAGUGAAGUCACUGGGAGAGUCGUGCCAAAAAAGUGAUGUUUGGGGGGUAAACAGCUAAUUACGGUGCCUGAGAAAGGCGUUAGGAGAACUCCUGCAGGGGAAGUGUUCUGCAAACCUCCGGAUCGCGGGGAGGCUGAAAUAAAGCAAGUUUUC